GCAGGCCGCGCUCGGCGCCCCCCCGGCCGCAUGGGCCGCCCCGCAGGCCGCUGAUGCCGCCCGGACCGCGGUGCCCCGACCGAGCUCUGAUGGUACCAAGUGGCCGGUGGGCCUUCCUCUGAGCCGGGGACCCCAGAUCUCCUACGAGGAUGUCAGCAAUACAGGCCGUCUGGCCGUCUGGUACGGAGUGUAUAGCGAAGUACAACUUCCACGGCACCGCAGAGCAGGACCUGCCUUUCUGCAAGGGAGACGUGCUCACCAUCGUGGCCGUCACCAAGGACCCCAACUGGUACAAAGCCAAGAACAAAGUGGGCCGUGAGGGCAUCAUACCAGCCAACUACGUCCAGAAGCGGGAGGGCGUGAAGGCGGGCACCAAACUCAGCCUCAUGCCCUGGUUCCACGGCAAGAUCACGCGAGAGCAGGCGGAGCGGCUUCUGUACCCGCCGGAGACAGGCCUGUUCCUGGUGCGGGAGAGCACCAACUACCCAGGGGACUACACGCUGUGCGUGAGCUGCGAGGGCAAGGUGGAGCACUACCGCAUCAUGUACCACGCCAGCAAGCUCAGCAUCGACGAGGAGGUGUACUUCGAGAACCUCAUGCAGCUGGUGGAGCACUACACCACGGAUGCUGACGGCCUCUGCACGCGCCUCAUCAAGCCAAAGGUCAUGGAGGGCACUGUGGCAGCCCAGGACGAGUUCUACCGCAGCGGCUGGGCCUUGAACAUGAAGGAGCUCAAGCUGCUGCAGACCAUCGGGAAGGGGGAGUUCGGAGACGUGAUGCUGGGCGACUACCGGGGGAACAAGGUUGCCGUCAAGUGCAUCAAGAACGAUGCCACUGCGCAGGCCUUCCUGGCUGAGGCUUCCGUCAUGACGCAACUUCGGCACAGCAAUCUGGUGCAGCUCCUGGGCGUGAUCGUGGAGGAGAAGGGCGGGCUCUACAUCGUCACGGAGUACAUGGCCAAGGGGAGCCUCGUGGACUACCUGCGAUCUCGGGGCCGCUCGGUGCUGGGCGGGGACUGCCUCCUCAAGUUCUCGCUAGACGUGUGCGAGGCCAUGGAGUACCUGGAGGGGAACAACUUCGUGCACCGGGACCUGGCGGCCCGCAACGUGCUGGUGUCGGAGGACAACGUGGCCAAGGUCAGCGACUUCGGGCUCACCAAGGAGGCGUCCAGCACCCAGGACACCGGGAAGCUGCCCGUCAAGUGGACAGCCCCCGAGGCCCUCCGAGAGAAGAAAUUCUCCACCAAAUCCGACGUGUGGAGCUUCGGGAUCCUUCUCUGGGAAAUCUAUUCCUUCGGGCGAGUGCCUUACCCACGGAUCCCCCUGAAGGACGUCAUCCCUCGGGUGGAAAAGGGCUACAAGAUGGACGCCCCCGACGGCUGCCCGGCCGCCGUCUACGACGUCAUGAAGAACUGUUGGCAUUUGGACGCGGCCGCCAGGCCCUCCUUCCUGCAGCUUCGAGAACAGCUGGAGCACAUCAAGACCCACGAGCUGCAUCUGUGACUGACACCCGGGCCCACAGGCAGGGGCCGAUCGGGGCCCCGGGACCCCACGCUGGGCCUGGACGUGAGCUGAGCCCCUGGCGGGCUGGUCGGCCUCUUGCCCCGACCCGGUCUGUUCACUUGGCCCCCAGGGGCCCACCCUGCCUAGGUCUGGCACCUUUUCUCAUGGACCCACUUCUAUAGGGCUUGGGGUCAGGGGGGCCGAGGAGCGGGAGGCAGCGCCCCCACUGUGGCCGGCCUCCUUCCUCGGGCCUCCUUCCUCUGGCCUCCGAUCGCUCGCCUUCCAUUGAGGUUUUAAUUCCUUUCCUUUUUUUGAGACUUUUUUUUUUUUUUUUGGUGUGUUUAUUUUUUAUUAAUUUUUCAAGAGAAGGAGAAAGAAAGCACCCAGCAAAAUGGGCGUUUUACAAGAA